CUUACGGGUGCUUAUUAAGGGGAGAUAACUUGUCAAGGAUAUUUUUUGUUCAUUUUUCUUGACAGCACAUUGACCUUUGGAGAGGUCUAUUGAUCUACCGGUGACAUGAAUAUAGACUAGUUGUAGGGUUUAUGCUGAAAGUGAUGUCUUCCCACAUCCUUAGUCAACAUUUUUUUUCUGCUUCCGUCAAGCAUUGUCAUUAUUUUUUUAUCCUUUCAUCAGCUAAAAACCGUACUAUUUAUGAUCUUUUAAAGAACGUUGUGUGCUUAUCAACAGCAAAAAGAGAAUUAUUACGCCACAGCCAAAAUCAUAGUUGUUGCCAUUUCUCAUCCACUUCUCAUCCAAAUAAGAUCUCUGUAGACCUUUCUCAAUUUCCAGUGGAAAACAUCAGGAACUUUAGUAUUAUUGCACAUGUGGAUCAUGGGAAGAGUACAUUGGCUGAUCGACUUCUUGAAAUAACUGGCACAAUCCCAGUAGGUAAGAACAAUCAACAAGUGCUGGAUAGAUUGCAGGUGGAGAGGGAGAGAGGAAUCACAGUGAAGGCUCAGACAGCAUCCCUUUUUCAUUCGUACAAAGGAAAGACCUUCCUCUUGAAUCUUAUAGAUACACCAGGUCAUGUAGAUUUUCACUAUGAAGUAUCUCGAUCUCUGGCAGCAUGCCAAGGUGUGAUUCUCCUUGUUGAUGCGAACCAAGGAGUGGAGGCACAAACUGUUGCUAAUUUUGGACUAGCAUUUGAGCUAGGGCUUGCCAUUGUGCCAGUGAUAAAUAAAAUUGAUCUGAAGAUGGCACAGCCAGAAGUUGUAGCCCAACAAAUGAAAAAUCUUUUUGGCUUUGAAUCUUCAGAAAUCUUAAAGAUAUCUGCAAAGCAAGGAACAGGAGUUGAUGAAGUCCUAAAAGCCGUUAUUGAAAGGAUUCCACCACCAGAUGCUGACUGCUCUCGACCCCUCAGGACCCUAUUAUUUGAUUCAUGGUAUGACAAGUACAGAGGUGUCAUUGCAAAUGUGGCAGUAUUUGAUGGUGUCCUUAAAAAGGAUGAUAGAGUUUCAUGCAUAAGAAGCAAAAAGGUGUAUGAAGUGCAAGAGCUUGGCAUCAUGCAUCCUACUCAGACACCCACAGAUGAGUUAUAUGCAGGCCAGGUUGGGUACAUCAUUUGUAACAUGCGAAACACUGCAGAAGCACAGAUAGGAGACACCUUUUGUCAUGAGAAGGACAUAGAUUCCUUGAAACCACUGCAGGGGUUUAAACCAGCCAAAGCCAUGGUGUUUGCAGGUGUAUUUCCCUCUGACCAGUCAGAGUUUGUUGCUCUGCGCAGUGCUGUUCAGAAGCUUGUUCUGAAUGAUUCCAGUGUAACGGUGCAUUCUGACAGCAGUCCUGCCCUUGGCCAAGGCUUCCGUAUGGGUUUCCUAGGAUUGCUCCACAUGGAUGUUUUCUGCCAACGCUUGGAACAGGAGUUUGAUGCUUCCUUCAUUGUUACAUCACCAAACGUACCUUACAAAGUGAGAAUUACUGGUGCCAAGUCAAUCAAAAAAUACGGAGGAUCUGAGGUUACCAUCUUGAAUCCAUCCAGUAUGCCCACGGUAGAUGUUGUGGAGGAGUACUUUGAGCCUAUGGUAAAAGGCACCAUCAUCUGUCCUGAUCAGUACUUAGGCAACGUGACAAGUUUGUGUCUGGAUCGCAGAGGACAAAUUGAAGACCAGCUGAAUAUUGAUGACACUCGUAUUUUGCUUGUUGUUCGUUUCCCUCUUAAUGAAAUCCUUGUGGACUUCUUUGAUGACCUGAAAUCUCUGACUUCAGGAUAUGCAAGUUUUGAUUAUGAGGAUGCUGGUUAUCAACCUGCUACACUUGUUAAGGUUGAUUUCCUUUUAAAUGGCAAGGUAGUAGAUGAGCUGUCUAUGAUCUGUCAUUCUUCACGAGCACGGAAUUUGGCAUGCACUGUGUGUGCAAAGCUGAAAGACAGUAUUCCACGGCAACAGUUCCCGAUUGCAGUACAAGGUGCUAUAGGCAGUAAGAUACUUUCUCGAGAGGACAUACAGCCAUAUCGCAAAGAUGUCACAUCUAAAUGUUAUGGAGGUGACAUAUCUAGGAAAAUGAAACUUCUGAAGCGCCAAGCAGAGGGCAAACGCAAGUUGCUUAAAAUAGGAAACAUUGAUAUACCUAAAGAUACUUUUAUCAAAGUUCUUAAACGGUGAUAAUAGUGUUUAAUAGAAAUAUAAUUCACUUGAAUAAAUUGGUUUUAAUAAUAUAGAUACCUCACGAUAGCUGUUGGAACAGGUGUAUUUGUUUUGACAAACUUGUGGACAAAGCAAGUUUCACCUAUCUGGCAAAUGUCUAUGCCAUUUUGUGUUAAAAUCUCAGCAUUAUGCAUUAUGUUUAGUGAUCUUCAAAUGAUUGUAUAUAAAUAAUUUUGAUAAUUUCUAACAUAGAAUUAUGUGGAAAGGAAGUCUAUAAUAUCAGCAUAUUGCUGCUUGUGCCACCAAGAUGUAUAGUACAGAUAAAGCAUCUGAUGUUUGUUAUUUAAUCUGAUCAGUUCUGACAAAGAGUUUUUACACAGUACAGUUCUCAAAUAUAAAAAUCUAGUUACUACAAAAUGGAAGUGGAGAUUAUACAUACCUGAUGUACAUUCUGAGCAAGACUUCAACAGAUUAUAAGUCUAUAAAAGCAAAUGUAUGAACAUACAGUAUAUGAGAAAAGAUUUACAUGACUGUUCUACGCCAUCAUAAAAAUAUCACUGUAAAUUACAGAUUCUAAUGCCUAUUUUUAUUGCAAAAAGUUAUGGGAAUGUAAGUGAGGUGAUGGUAAUCUUUACUAUUGACAGUGGCUUUUUGUGGUUUGCAAGUGAAAGGGAGAGGGAUUUUUUGCACUUAUAACAAUUUUCACACAAACAUGUACUGGUCUUGAUUAUGAAUAAUUCUCUCUUACAUCACUCUUUUAAAUAAAAAAAUCUGAUUGCUUAA